UUUUUUAAAAUUUUAAAUAUAGGGGAAGGGUUGAUAGAUGGAAUGUGAAUGCUCUUAAUGGUGAAAGUUUGGAUCGGGGACACUUAAUAAGCGAAAUCAAAGGUUACAUCAAGCAAAAUCUUUAGUACUUCAUCUCCUCAACUAUAUAAAGUUCAUAGCCCCAUAUCAUAUUUCUCAUCUCUUUCGGGCACCACCACCGACACUGUCACACAAUGGAGCAAGCAAAGCCCAGACAAGCAGUGGCUCUUAUAGUGGGUGUCACCGGCAUGGUGGGUGUUGCCAUCACCGAGGCCUUAAAGCAGCCAACAACAUUAGGCGGUCUAUGGACUGUCUACGGUGUAUCACGACGAUCAUUACCCACCUGGUUCCCAUCCUCCCUCCUCGACAAGCACAUCAUGUUAGACACCCUAAACCAACACCAAACACAUGAAAUCCUGGCUCCACUUUCAUCCCAAAUCACCCAUGUCUUCUGGGUAGCCUUACAAGUCAGCGAAAGUGAACAAGUCUGCAUUUCCCUUAACUCCACUAUGCUUUCUAAUGUCCUUAAUGCAUUAACUUCUUCUCCUAACUCAAAACUUAUUCAUGUGACCUUGCAAACAGGCACAAAACAGUAUGUUGGUCCUGUUUUCGAUCCAACUCUUUCAACUCAACUUAUCCCUCAUGACUCACCUUUCAUAGAGGAUUAUCCUAGACUACCUUUUCCAAGUUUCUACCAUGCUUUGGAAGACAUUUUAGCUUCCUACUCAAAAUCUUUAGCUUAUUCCAUACAUCGUCCUUCUAUGAUCAUUGGUGCAUCAACAAGAAGUUACUUUAAUAUACCUCUCACACUUGCCGUCUAUGCGUUAGUUUGCAAACACCAGAACUAUCCCUUUAGGUAUGUUGGUAACAAAUACAGUUGGGAGCAUUUCUGGGAUGUAUCCGAUGCUAGAGUGAUAGUUGAACAACAAAUAUGGGCAUCGGUGACCGACAAGGCUAAGAAUGAAGCUUUUAAUUGCACAAAUGGUGAUGUGUUUACAUGGAAAAUGAUAUGGAAGGUACUUUGUGAUGUGUUUGGUGUUGAGUUUGUGCCGUUUGAUGAGAAAGAAAAGUUUGAUGUUGUGGAGUUCAUGAAGGAUAAAGGAGAAGUUUGGGAUAGAAUUGUUAAAGAAAAUGGAUUGUACAAGACAAAAAUGGAGGAGAUAACUUGUUUUGGUCCACUAGAUAGUCUUUUAAAACUUGAGAUUCAACAUGUUUGUAGUAUGAAUAAAAGUCGAGAAUUUGGGUUUCAAGGGUAUUCAAAUACGCUCAAGAGUAUACCAGAAUGGGUUCAUAGGUUGAGGCAAAUGAAGAUACUUCCAUAAGGGUUGCGAAGGUUGUGUUAUCCCUCAGAAGUGUGAUAAAUUCUACCUUUUAAAUGGUUUAUAUGAAUAAUUGUAUUUGAAUAAUAAUUGAAUUAUGAGUUA